AUGAAUUUAGAAAUCUUCCACAUAGUAGUAAAAUUUGAAGUCAUUGGAGUAUAUGAAAAGUAUGAAGGUGAAAGUUCAGGAAGAAUGGAAUCUUGUCAGAGGGCCACACUUAUGAAACAGAAGGGCAAAAAGAAGCUGAGGCAGGGCAUGAAGAAGUUAGACAAAAUAGUUCUUACUUUCACAAACCUGGCAUUUUUGUGUUGUUUCAGAGAUGGUGAAUUGUGCUUGAGCCGAUCGCUCGUCAAUAGUUCUGAUAAAAUCAUUAGAAAGGCUGGCACAACAAUCUUCCAGCACUCUGUAGAAGGUUGGAAAAUCAAUUCCUCUUUGGUUCUGGAGAUAAGGAAGAACAUUCUUCGUUUCUUAGAUGCAGAGCGUGACGUCUCUGUGGUCAAGAGCAGUUUUAAGCCUGGUGAUGUCAUACACUAUGUGCUGGACAGGCGCCGGACACUGAAUAUUUCUCAUGAUCUCCAUAGCCUCCUACCUGAAGUUUCACCGAUGAAAAAUCGCAGGUUUAAGACCUGUGCUGUUGUUGGAAAUUCUGGCAUUCUGCUUGACAGUGAGUGUGGAAAGGAGAUUGACAGUCACAAUUUUGUAAUAAGGUGUAAUCUAGCUCCUGUGGUGGAGUUUGCUGCAGAUGUGGGAACUAAAUCAGAUUUUAUUACCAUGAAUCCAUCAGUUGUGCAAAGAGCAUUUGGAGGCUUUCGGAAUGAGAGUGACAGAGAAAAAUUUGUGCAUAGACUUUCCAUGCUGAAUGACAGUGUCCUUUGGAUUCCUGCUUUCAUGGUCAAAGGAGGAGAGAAGCACGUGGAAUGGGUUAAUGCAUUAAUCCUUAAGAAUAAACUGAAAGUGAGAACUGCGUAUCCAUCAUUGAGACUUAUUCAUGCUGUCAGAGGGUAAGUGACUGGGAAGGACCAGUCUGUCCUUGGCACAAUAGAACAUAUAACUAAUCAUUUCCAUAGACAGGAAAGAACCUCAGUAAAAUCUCCAAGUGGAUAUAUAUUUUCAUUAUUUUAUAAUGGUUACUUUAUUCACAACAUGAAUUUUGUUUGUGUGCUUAUUAUUUCAACUCAUCUUCUUUCUAAGCAAGUGAUUGAACGUGACACUUAUUCAUGUCUGCUCAUGAAUGAACUACUGAUUUUUAUAUUU